UCGGAAGCAAAUGAGAGACAAACUUCAAUUCCUCCUUUCGCUACUUUCAUGCCCAAUGCAAUAAUCCCUUCUUCAUCAGCUUCCCCAAGUUCCCAAAUUCUCUCAAGCUCUUAACAAUGGCGACAGAGCUCAACCCCAAGAAUUUCCCUGUUCUCUCUUACGUCUUGGAUCGUCUCCCUUCCUUCACCGCCAGAUCCUCUUCCGAUGGCGAUCGACCACCGUCAGCUUCCUCCACCAAAUCCGAUCCAUCUUCAUCUUCAAACCACUCGAUCGAGAUCGUGUCGCAGAUGCCUCACUUGGCCCAUCCCGAUGUCCUCGCCUCCAUGACCAACGCAAUCGCCGACGUCGCUCAGACCCGAUCCGUUCUUCGAACCCUAGGACCCAGACCCGAUCACGAGACCGUCGACAAAGCCCGUUCCAGGCUCUCCGAGAUCGACGCUUCGUUAUCGGAAUCGUUCGAGGAGAUCGCUCUCUCUCCGAACGACAUCGACGUGGCGGAGAAAGAGCAGAAGAGGAGGGAAGCUGUGGAUCAAGAGAAGACUUGGUAUAACUCGAUCCUCAAGCUUAACGAGCUUCACGAAUCGUACGAGAAGCUUUUGAAAGAAGCAGAGGAGAGGCUCGUGAGGAUCUACGAGUCCGCCGAGAAGAACGCGGCGGCUGUGGCGGAGGAUGAAGCUAAGGAGGUUGAAGUCAAUGAAGAGGUUGUGAGUAUAUUGCAGCAAGCUUCCGCGAAUCCAAUUGAUCGUGUUGAUUUGUCUGGUCGGAAACUCAAAUUACUACCUGAAGCUUUUGGUCGGAUUCAAGGUCUCCUUGUCCUUAACCUCUACAACAAUCAGCUCGAGGCCAUUCCUGAUUCGAUUGCUGGAUUGCACAGCCUUCUUGAACUUGAUUUGUCCACGAAUUUUCUGGAGACAUUACCGGAUUCCAUUGGUUUAUUGUCCAAACUAAAGAUAUUGAAUGUCUCUUGUAACAAACUCACAGCUUUACCAGAUUCCAUCUGCCAUUGUGGAUCAUUGAUUGUCUUGGAUGCGAGCUACAACAAUCUCACCUACUUACCAACCAACAUAGGAUUCGAGCUAGUGAAUCUAGAGAAGCUCUUGAUCCAUCUUAACAAAAUCAGAUCCUUACCAACUUCCAUUGGCGAAAUGAGAUCCUUACGCUACCUCGACGCACACUUCAACGAACUCAACGGUCUCCCAAAUUCUUUUGGGUUGCUCACAAACCUCGAGUACCUUAACCUGAGCAGUAACUUCAGCGAUCUCCAAGAUCUCCCUGCUUCAUUCGGCGAUCUCAUAAGCCUACAAGAACUCGACUUGAGCAACAACCAGAUCCAUUCUCUUCCAGACGCUUUUGGCACGCUCGUGAACCUAUCCAAAUUGAAUUUGGAUCAGAACCCGCUUGUGGUGCCUCCCGAGGAAGUCGUGAAACAAGGCGUGGAUGCGGUUAAGAUGUAUAUGGGUAAGAGGUGGGUCAGUAUGUUAGAAGAGGAAGAGAAGAUGGCUAACAUGAAGGAUGAGAUGGAUCAGACAAACACCGAUUGGCUCACUCGAACCACCUCGAAGCUGAAAACAUAUGUGACCGAGGUCUCGGAGUAUCUUGGCUCAAAUUCACCAAAAGAUCCUUUCCUUGACCAGCAGCUAUGAACUGAGAAUAUUAGCUUCAUUUACCAUUUUUUCUGAUGAUGUCUGAAGAAUCAGUAUCCAAAGAAAUCAUCCCAUCAGUUUUGAGUUUUCUUUCCGAUGCUGCUCUGUUUCGGUAUAUAGAUUUUUGAUCUUCAUUUGUUUCUGAAUUUUGUUUUAAUAAAAUUUUAUUGGUAUCUUUCUCAUAACAUUUAAUUUGUGGUUGUAAUGUAAUCAUCUACUUUUCUACUUUGUAGAUUCUA